AGGAGCGGCGGCCGCGCGGCUCCUCGCCGCCGCCGAUGGAGGCGAGCCUGACGUGCGCCGUGUGCCUGUCGCUGCUGGAGGAGCCGGUGACGCUGCCGCUGUGCUCGCACAACUUCUGCCGGGGCUGCGUGCUCGAGUGCCUGGCCUCGGCCGAGGCCGCCCGCCUGCGGCAGCUGCAGCGGGGCCCGGAGCAGGCCCGCCCGGGCCGGGGGGCGCUGGGGCCGGGCCCGCCCUGCGCUCGGGUGCCGUGCCCGCUGUGCAGGAAGCUGUGCCUGCUGCCCCGCGGCGGCGUCGCCGCCCUGCCCGUCAACACCACCCUGGCCGAGGUGGUCAAGCUCUACCGGUCGGGCGCGGCGGGCGCCGCCAAGGCCGGGGAGGCGGCGCUGGGGCCGAGGCCGGGGUCAGACUUGCUGUCUCCGCUGGCGUUCGGGGGAAGCUGCCACAAACACCCGAGCCGGCCGGUGCAGCUCUACUGCCGCAUGUGUCGUCAGGCAGGGUGCGGGCAGUGCGUCUCCGAGGAGCACCAGGGCAUCUUCCACUCCGUCAACCUUAUAGACACGGUGUACCAGGAAGAAAAAUUGACCUUCUUCAGCACUCUGAAACAAAUGAGAAUAAUAAAUGAGAAGCUGAUGAAUGAGAUCUCAAAACGACCGAACGAUACGGAUAUGAUGCUGAAAAACGAUGUGGAGAUAAUUGAGCUGAAAUUUGGAGAAAUUUUCAAAACUCUAGAAAUGAAAAAACAGCAAUUACUAGAGGAUGUUGAAAAUCAAAGAGGUAAAAAAGAGAAAGAAUUUCAGAUUUGGAAGAAAAUGAAAGAAACUCACAAGAAGACCAUUGAGAAUUUUUUGAAGGAUUGUGAAAAGCUUGUCCAUGAGUGUGAUCCUCAGCGUUUCCUGGAGGUUGCCUGUGGCUUGAAUACAAG